UUUUGUGAAACAUGAGCACACGGAGCUCAUAUGACCUUUGAUCUUCACCGACGUGUGAAGAAUUAAGAGCUCAAUCACAGAAUUCAGUUUCAUAACUGCUUAAUGUUUGUAGCACGUACAUUUUCUCAGUUUACUGGCCAUUAGCAGGUGUGAGUUUUGUGUCUGUCUACAAGAUUCAAAGAGGAAACAGGAUUGUUUUGUUUUUUUCCUUUGUUGAGCUUCUCGACACACGGUCUGUUCCUGGCAUUCAUACUCCUUGACGUAACGCUUAACAAAAGACAUAAAUGCCUUAAAUCUCGCCAAGCCAGUUUGGUGUCCUCUUUUACAACAUUCUACUUUCACAUUGAUGCUAGGAAACAAGAUGUUCAGGAGUUCGGGACAUUCUCUAAUCUAUCCAAAAUAUCCAAGUUACUGACAAACCAGUGAUAAUAAGAGUGAAGGGAAAGCAUUCUGAAGGCCGACAGACAUCAGGAGCCUGAGCACGGCCGUGAUGAAGCUGGAUCUGAGCUGCAGUGUUUGGGUUCUGGCCGUUGGUUUGCUGCCGUUGGUCCGAAUCACUGCCGGAUCCAUUUUGGGCGCAGCUGUUAACAUUGAGCUGUUUGACCAGGACAGAUCGCAGCCGGUCAGGGCUCAUUACAGCGUGGUGUCCAAUUUGCCCUGUCCAGCUCUGAAUGAGCUGUGUAACGGAGGAGACUGCGUGGAUCAGCUCAGCUCCUCUCCUCUGACAGGGGCUUUACCGUCACCCGGCUGGUGUCUUCAUCAGUGGCAGAAGAACAUCCCUGAACACCACACAUCUGCUCUUCAGCUCAGAUCUGACAGAGCCGUGACACUGGAUUCACGAGCAGAUCUGUCUGUCAGAGCCGACACUAACCGUGUUAACCAGCCUCCAUUUGUGGCUCUUCCUCCUCCAGUCAGGUUACAAGCUGCUUGUCCUCAAGAAAUUCCGGUGAAUGUGAUGGAUUUGGAUGGAGAUGAGAUUCGCUGCCGUUAUAAGAAGACUGAACUUGGUGAAUUUCUGCAGCUUAAUGAAGAGACAUGUACACUGCUGUAUGAAGGUAGAGCUGGUUUGGGUCAGUAUUCAGUUCUGAUCAUGGUGGAGGAUUUUCCUUCAUCUGACAGAGAGGCCGAGCCGUUCUCCACUGUACCUCUGCAUCUCCUAAUAACAGUUGAAAGCGGAGCUGGCUGCUCAGUUGUGCCGGAGUUCACAGGCGUCAGUCCAGCAGGAGGCGCUGUAAUCCACGUACUGCCCUUUGAGGAGGUCCAUGUCAACAUUACAGUGGACUCAAGAGUACAGAGUGUGUCUGAAAUUGCUGUGACUGGUCCGCCGGGCCUCUUCAUAUCAUCAAUGGAAAUUGGCCAGAGCUUCUACAGCUCCGUCACGCUGUCCUGGGUCCGAGGUCCGAAUCAGUUCACCCAUCUGCUGUCUGUUUGUUUCGCUGCUAAUACUCCAAGCCUGCAGUCUAACAUCAGGUGCAUAUGGCUUCAGCAAACACAAACAGACCCUUUGCCGACUGGAACAGAGUUGAAAUGUAAGGAGCGCGAGCUUCAGAUGUCUCUAGUGCUGCCCAUUUCCUUCCUGGAGAACCUGCAUUUCUCUGCUCUCCAGCUGAAUGAUCCGACCUGUCCAGUGUUUUAUAACUCGACCCAUGUCACCGCCACCUUCUCUCUGACGGGCUGCGGAACCAAGAGGAUGCAUUUAGGAUCAGAAUUGCUGUACACCAACACUUUACGCAGCAUCAAUCCUAACUCCACUAUAAGCCGCGUGCCCACUCUCAUCCUGCCGCUUGCCUGCCGGAUUCCUGGUCAACAAGCUAAAGGUCCGGCUUUUAAAAUCUCCAUUCCUGAAGAAGUGAAGACGUUUGGUGCCGUGUCCUUCUGGCUGGAGUUCCAUCUUCCCGGAAAGGGUCCUAUGGCCAGCAAGACUCGUCUAUCAGAUUUGCGCAGUUCACCGCCAGUGCGUGCGGCUCGAGAGCUACGCGCUGCAGACCGGGUGGACAUGCUGGACCUGCAUGUGUUCUCCAACUGCUCUUUGGCUCGUGCUGAGCUCAUGGUGGGCCGCUGUGUGGAGUCAGAAACAGAAGACUUUACAAGCACAAGGCCUCUGCUGAACCAGGGCUGUGUAUCUGGAAAUGGAACCUUGGAGAUCCUGACAUCAACUUCAACAGUUCGGAUUUUCCGCUUAUAUCUCGGUUCUCUGGGAAUAAAGGGAGACACGAUGUAUGUUGAGUGUGUAGUGCACCUCUGUAUUACCACAAAACAAACUGACAGAUGUUCUGAUCCCUGUACGGGAACGCCGGACCCGACCAUAGUAGACAGCAUUCUGACCCGCAGCUACACUGUGCGAUCAGGGCCCGUUUCCCUCAUUAAAGUCACAGAAACCAGCACUACAGUGGCUAAACCGCAAUCUGCUACUCCAGUCGCUCAGCCUUCCACCAGCCAGGCCACAACAGCUUCUGCCUCUCGCCCUCUGGAUACAGGUGCAUUCUGGAUAGUUGCUGUGUCAUUGCUUGUGCCCAUGCGUCUCCCUUGAGCUGUUAUGACACAUUAGAGAACUUUGUAGAGCAGUUUAUUUGUGACUAAUCAAAAUGAUCUUUUCUUCUUAACCACCAUUAUGAUGUUUCUUUAUAUAUCCUUGAAUCACGUAAAAAGCACAUAUUGUAGGAAGACAUACUUCAUGCCUUUACAGUUAUUAACAAGUUUUAGGUAGCAUCAAGAAACAUCUACUCCUGCUCUUCUAAUCUUUUAUUUUUAAGCAACUAUAAUAAAUUGAUAAAAUUCAUAAUAAUAGGCUUUUUUCCCGUUUUUUUUUUUUUUUU